AUGUACAGAGCAUCCAAUUUGCGUUCCAGCGUUGUUCACGUUCGUGUCCCGACUGCCGUCCUUCCUGUCGCGCGUAGGACGUAUGCAACCCAGCCUUCGCCGGGACAAGCGUCGCCCAAUCCAAAAGUCAGCCCUUCCACUGAUGGCGGUGGCGGACACAACAACGGCCUUAUUAUCGCAUCCGCUGUUGCGGCCAUCGGGGGCAUGUACUAUUUCUACAACCGCAGCCGAGGCAUCAGUCUUCAAGAGCAAAAACGCAGAGAUGAAGAGGAUAUCAAGCGAGCAGUGCGUGCAGCACAAGGCGAUAUAAAGCAAGUUGGGGAGGCAGGGAAGGCAAGGGCUGAAGAUGGCCUUAAAGAAGCUCAGGAGAGCUAUAGUGCUGCGAAGGCCUCAGCUAAAGAGAAGGUCACUGGAUCCCGCCAAAAAGUAGAUGAGUCUCGCUACGACCUGACCGAACAGGCACGACAGGCAGCACAUGAAGCACAGACAAAACUGAAUCAGUACAAGAGUUCAGCUGAGCAAUCUCUAGCGGACGCUAGGAGGACAUCCGAACAAAAGUUUGAGGAGACGAAGGACGCUGUCAUGCAUCGCGCGGAUGAAGCCAAGGACGCAGGUCAAAGCUGGUUUGGUUGGGGGCAGUCAAAGACAGACGAGGCGAAACGUGAGGGCACUCAGAAAGUUACAGAGAGUGCAGAAGAUGUUAAGAAGAGAGCAGAGAGACAGGGAUGA